AGAGGAUCAAAACACCAAACAUAAACUCCAUUCUUUUGAUUAAAGUUUCUUAUUGACGAUGUUGCCAACGUUAUGUUACAAAAAAGUAUAACUGCGUUUCGAGGAUUGAAAUCUACUCUCUUCUUCAAGCAUAAACAAGACCUUAAGACCUUAGAGGAAAUGUGGCAAUGGACAGCCAAUAAAAGUAAAAAUAAAUAAGUGAUAUUUGAUAAACUGUAUAAAGUAACACUUGGAGAAGAUGGUAGAUUUCAAUCAUCGAAACGUAGUGCUAACCUUUUAUUUAACAUAUAACGUUGGAAAAUGUCCGAAAUCCUAUAAACUCCAUGCUUAAAAUUAAAAUCAAACAGCGCUUAUGUAACAGUUACAGCGAGUUAUGUCGCAUCCUGGGCUGACCUUCGUUGUCUCUUUGGCCCUAGUACUACCCCUAGCGUCUGCCGGACAAGUUCAGAAGAUCGAAUGGAACGUGGUAAAGUUGGGCGGCAAGGACAGAGCAAACGUCAACGUACUGGUGGCCCUGGACACUCUGAGGGAAGGCAAGGUCGUGGGCCUGCCCACGGAUACAGUGUACGGCUUCGUGGCCGACGCUACCCGCCCUAGGCCCAUCCAGAGGCUCUACAACAUCUCAGGAUGGCAGUACUUUCAUCAACCUAUAACCAUCGCCUUGGAUGAGCUUCAGCAAGUGUCCAUGUAUGCAGACAUCGAUCACUUGGACCGCAGCAUGCUGAGUCAGCUGCUGCCCGGCAGAGUCACUGUGGUGCUGAGACGGCGGAGCGGAGUACUGCCCCAUCUCAACCCGUCCACAGAUCUUAUCCCCAUCCGCGUUCCGGGCAAGAAGGAAAAGAUCUUCAUCAGGAAGCUGACGCACCAGUUGGAGAGGCCCCUGGCUCUAGUGGGAGCCAGGAAGGUGGGCCGUCCUCAUAGUAUCUGCAUAGACGACUUCGAGGACAUCAGGCUGAGAGCGUACGUGGUGUACGACGGUGGCAAAAUGGAGAGGAAGAAGAUGGAGGGGACGACUGUGGUGGAUCUGACCACAUCUGGGAGGUACAAGAUCCUCUGGCCGGGAUGUGUGUUUAGUGCCGUUGUCAGCAUCAUGGAGAGGUACGGCCUGGAGGAGUGGACUGACGGGCCCAACAUUACAGUGUUCAACCCGACAUAGUCCCUCUCAAUCAUGAAAACAGAAAGAGAGAAGUUCGUAAGCUUACGAAAUUAUAUGUUUCCUAAAAGUGAGAACAGAUGUCUGAGCGAGUAUAGAGCUUUAUGAUCUAAACUUACUGAGUUCUUGGGUUUAGGUUAAAACAUGUAAUGACUCAAUGUUCCGGUUCUUUUUUAUAUUUAUAUAAUCGUAUUUAUAAAUCAUUAAAGCCCAAAAUAUAACUCACUAAUAUUAAUCAAAACACCUCUAGAACUACCUAACGAAUUUAUAAGACAUUUUGUGCGCGGUUUCGUUAAUUAUGACAAGAAACAGCCUAAAGUUUUGCAAUCUAACUAUGAAACUCGUUACGACCGUUUUGAAAAGAGUUUAUUUUAAAGCAUUUCAUUUUUGAUUUAGUGUUUCAUAACCAAAUACACGUUAAUAUAUGUGGAAGGUUACGCUGACUAUAUUGGUAUGUCUCUGUAUUUUUUUAAAUGUAUUACAAAUCCACAAAAUAUUAUAAACUUUCCAUAA